AUGGUGUUUUACGCCUUCGUGUUGGUGAUGAAGCCACGGCAGCGGCGCUUCACCUCUCAAGCGCUGCGCGAGAUUGCCGUGGCGAUAUACAACAACGGUGGCCUCAUCCGCAAACUCACAAAUGAGGGAAUUAUGCGCCCGUACAGUCGCUUCCGUGACGCCGACAAUACCCCUCUGACGUAUGCGCGGUACGUCACGCUGCAGGUGGACAUGGGGGAGGAGCAGAUGCGGAAGGUUGAAAAGAUGAUGAAGGAGCACCAAGAUGUGUUCAUUACGCUUAGCCUCAACAACUUGGAGCGGCCUGUGGGAAUUCGGAGUCGAAAAGAUCUGCAGUCAGCGUACUUCCCGCUUGACACCUUCACACGGCUUGAGGAGGAAAUCAACUGGCCGCCGCAAACGUCAGCUGACAUCUACGAGCAGCUGGAAAUGAACUGGAAGGAGUUUUCCCGCACGCGGUGGUCAAAUUUUUUGCGCAAUUAG